UUGUGGGCUCAUCUCCGCUCCCCACGUGUCCGAUGUGGAUCCGAGUCAACAUGGUUCCCACUUCAUGUGUGUUUGUGCUUCUUCCACUGUGCUGUCCGCGUUGUCGGACGGAUGUCACGUUUCUGAGAUAGCUCAACACACUCGGAAAAGUGCAGGUUGGAUUCACUCUCCUUAUAUCACCUUCCCUAAAAUAUGGCCAGCGGGGAUGACGACGACCCCAUUAUAGAGGAGAUUGACGUCUAUCUCGCCAAAAGCCUUGCAGAGAAACUUUAUCUACUCCAGUACCCCGUGCGACCAUCCACUAUGACCUACGACGAUGUCAACAUUCUGGCUGCUAAGAUCAAAACGAAACAGCAACGGGUGGAGUUGCAGAUGGGUAUGGACACCAAGAGCCCCAACUACUGCAGCAGCAAGGGCGAGCAGAUUGCACUGAACGUGGACGGCACUGGCUAUGAGGAAAGCAACACAUAUUCAGUGAAACUGAUGGACAAUCAGACCUUCUCGUCUAUCCAGGCCACCACCAACACUAGCCGAUACGCCGCUGGCAUCUUUCGAAAAGGUGAGCUUCACUUGACCCCGCUGACAGGGAUCCUGCAGAUGAGGCCCAGCUUUGCAUACCUGGACAAGGCCGAUAACAAAACCCGAGAGCGAGAGGCGGACAACGAGGGUGGGGACUCGUCCCAGGAAGAAGGCGAGGAAGAAGCCAAAGCCGUUUCGGUGAGGUACUCUCGGCCAGAGUCGGAGCAAGCACGGCAGAGGAGGAUCCAGUCGUAUGAGUUCCUCCAGAAGAAGCAGGCCGAAGAGCCCUGGAUCCAUUUGCAGUAUCACGGCGUCAGGGACGGGCGGUCGGAACAUGAACGUCAGUAUUUGUUCAGUCAGCAUGUGCACGCCUCUGACAACACUGAGCUGGUUAAAACGCCCAAGGAGUACCUUACCAUGCUGAUGCCGCCUCCAGCAGAGGAAAAAGUCGUGAAGCCGGUCGGCCCGAGCAACGUGCUCUCCAUGGCCCAGCUGCGCACGCUGCCGCUCGGCGAACAAAUCAAGACUCUGAUGAAGAACGUGAAGGUGAUCCAGUUCGCCAGCCUGAUGGGUCUUUUGGCGUCAGGCACCGACGCUACUGCAGUGCUGCGCUGCAUCCAGCAGGUGGCGCUGCUAGUCCAGGGCAACUGGGUGGUGAAGAGUGACGUCCUGUAUCCCAAAAACACGUGCAGUCCUCACAGCGGUGUCGCAGCGGAGGUGCUGUGUCGGGGGCGAGACUUUGUGAUGUGGCGGUUUACGCUGGAGCGCUCCCUGAUGAGGAAGGAAGUGGCGGCUGUGAUCAAACUUCCUCCGGAGGACGUGAAGGAUUUUCUGGAGCAGGUGGCGGUGCCGCGUGUCAACCGCGGCUGGGAGUUCCUGCUUCCCGCCGACACCAACUUUGUCAAGAAGCACGCCGACGUGGCCCAGCGGCAGCACAUGCUGUGGCAGGGCAUCCAGAGCAAGUUGGAAAAGGUCUUCCACUUCUCAAAGGACGACUUUGUGCCCAAGAAUUCCCCGCAGCCUGCGCCGGUCCACGUCAGUGGCGAGCAGCGGCUCAAGUCGGCCAAGGACCGUGCGCAGGAGAAGCAAGCUUCUCUCCAAAAGGACCUGGAUGCCAAGCGAGCAGGAAGCAGCGGCUCUGACAUCCCCAUCAAACAGGAGCCCCAAAGCGACGGCGAGCCCGAGCCCAUGGACACGUCCUCUUCGGGCAUCCCUAACGGCUCGCUCAAUGGCUACGCUGGCAUGGAGUGCGUAAACGGCGGCACCCUCAGUAACGUGCCCUCGCCGCGACUGCUGGACUUUGUGACAGAGACCUUCGGGAAGAAUCCCGUCUUGACGCUGAAUGAGCUCAAGAGGCUCUUCAGCCUCCACCUGGCCACCGUGCCGGCGGGGCACAUUCCUUUUGGACCUGUGUCGGACCACAUGCUGCAGGACGCCGUGCUGCUCAGCCGCUGCAAACGGAUCAUGGUGCCUUUCCCCGCUUUGACCACAGCUUCUGCCGACGAGCAAAAGGUGUUCGGCUUGUGGGAGACCGGAGAAGACGUGGACAAGCACCGGCGCCUGCUCUACGAGAUGUUCACCAAAUCGUACCACGUGAGACGGAGCGCAGUGCAAGCCCGGCUCACUGAAGAGUUUGGCGAUGUCUCCAAGGCUGACGUGGACCGGCUGCUCAAGGAAUGCUGCAGCAGUCAUGCCGGCAUGUGGUACCUGAAGGGAACCAUCCAGUCCUGACCCAAGCAGCCCACCCCCAAGGGUACUUUUAGCCAAACACAGUGUCCCAAGGGAGCACGGCCGAGGUGAGAGCCGGUCGCGGCUGGUCACGACAAUGAUGGCUCCAUCGUCUGUCGCUGGGAACGAUGAAAAGAGGUGUUUGAAGGAGAAACACGCGAAACACAUAAUGCCUCAUUAUUUAAGGGUUCUUUUUUUUUCUGAUGGAUGUUUCUGAAGGCAAAACGGCUGCCAUUUUGCGUUCAUCUAUUAACAUGUGGACAUACUAGAAUGCAGCAAUCCACCAGACACAAAUAGCGUCAGUCCUAUAAAUCACCUGAAGGCACUUUUUCUUUUAUCACUAACCCCAAAACAAGACUGAAACCGUUAAAAGGUUAAUUUCCAAAUGAUCGCAUCGCUCGCUGCCUGUGGUCAGAAUGGCAGUGAUUCAAAAGAUGGGACAAACCUUUGACAGCUGCAUUUUGUUCCCUUUUUGAUUGAAUAUAAAAAACGGUUGUGGCUGAUCAAUAAAAUCAAAUCAUGUAAAACA